AAAAGAAAGGUAUCAUUUGAUAGGAGAGAGAAGACAUAAUAAUUUAGAAAUAAGAAAAAUUAGGUAAUACCGCUAUUUAAUUUAUCAUAAUUAUUUAAAAUUUCGAUCUUUUUACAUAAUCACAUCUUGUAAUGUAUUACCCGAUCCGUUUCCGUUCGUGUCAAUAAUUUUGGUCUUCCCUGCUACCUGAUAUUCAGAAAAACAAACAAACAAACACACAAGGAACAGAGUGUGUUAAGCAGUUCUCUCUCAAAACUAACUUCAUCUGCUUUCUUCUUCACUUGUAAACCAUCAAAUAAUGGUUCUAGCAGCUUCUAUUAUACCUUGCUCCUAUGCAGUUACCGUACGGCCACCCACUUGUGCUUCUAGAAAUUUCUCCCUUCUUCCGCCGCUCUCUUUUAUCCCAAAUCCAAUUCAACAUCGUCAGCGGCACCUCGCCGGAGCUAAUACCGGAGGUUCUUUCUUAUCUAUAAAUGGACUGAGGUUGAGACAGUCAUCUCUUGCUGCAGUAAUUGGUGAUAUAACUGCAGUGCCAGAUGGUGCAGUCAACGACCAAAUAUCCACUACUAAGUUAUCUGAUUCUGUUACUAGUCAAGAAACUGAUAUGGAAAACGGAGAGGACAGUAAAGAUGCUUCUGAAGGGUUGGAUGAGAAUAAAAUGAUCCGAAUAUGCGACAAGUUAAUUGAGGUCUUCUUGGUUGACAAGCCCAAACCUAUUGAUUGGAGAAGAUUGCUAGCAUUUAGUAAGGAAUGGAACAAUAUUCGCCCCCACUUCUACAAGCGGUGUCAGGACCGAGCAGACGGUGAGAGUGAUCCUGGAAUGAAGCACAAGUUUCUCAGGCUUCAAAGAAAACUGAAAGAGGUUGAUGAUGACGUUCAGAGGCAUAACGAACUUCUUGAGACCAUCAGAAGGUCACCAUCCGAGGUUGGUGAUAUUGUUGCCAGGCGUCGUAAAGAUUUUACAAAAGAGUUUUUUGUUCAUCUCCACACUGUCGCAGAAUCCUAUUAUGAUGAUCCAGCAGAACAAAAUGCUGUGGCAAAACUAGGGAAUAUGUGUUUGGCAGCUGUGGAAUCUUAUGAUACUGCUACUGAAAGCAUAGAAGCAUUAAACGCUGCAGAGUUAAAAUUCCAAGAUAUACUCAAUUCUCCUUCUUUGGAUGCGGCUUGCAAGAAAAUAGAUGAUUUGGCCCAAAAAAAUCAACUUGAUUCAGCACUGGUGCUCAUGAUUUCAAAAGCAUGGUCAGCAGCCAAGGAGUCAGACAUGACAAAAGACGAGGUAAAGGAUGUUCUUUAUCACUUGUAUAUGACAUCAAGAGGAAAUCUUCAGAGGCUUAUGCCAAAAGAAGUAAGAAUUCUGAAAUAUCUACUCACAGUUAAGGAUCCUGAGGAGCGAAUGUGUGCUUUGAAAGAUGCCUUCACACCGGGAGAAGAACUUGAAGGGGACGAUGUAGAUUGCUUGUACACGACUCCGGAGCAGCUAUACAACUUGAUAGGGACAGUGGUGGAUGCAUAUAAUUUCAGUAGAGAAGGCACUCUUAUAAGAGAAGCCAGAGACUUGAUGAACCCUACAAUAAUUCAGAAAAUGGAGGAGUUAAAGAAGUUAAUCGUAGAUAACUUCAUGUAAGCGUUUGUUUGAUUUUAAGUAGGUAUGGAUUUUGCUGCCUGUGCAAGAUUCAUCAGCUCGUGCCAUUAUUCAUCCGUGUGCUAUAUAUCCCUGCUCUAAUCUGGUGAUCACAUGAUUACAUCACAACAUGGAACAUAAAUCCUGAAGGAUCCAAUCUGCACAGAUCGUUCAACUGUCCUUAGCUCGGAUUUUUGUAUAGUCCAUAAAAUUUGAAUAUCCUAGAUUUUGAUUCGGAAGCAUUGACAUGUCGCCUAAAGUGGCAUUAGCAGUUGCUGGUUGUAUAGAACAUUUUGAAUUGUGUAUGGUAAGAGUUUCUAUAGUUGUUGUGGGAUAGUGACUUGAUGGUCUUUCUCCUUCAGAGAAACAUGUUUCUUUUUGAAAGUGUCUUAAGUCUUUAGGAUGAUUUUUAAUACACGAAUGUAUCAUUUACCAUGAAGCUUAUAUCACUAUGACGAGGAACAUAGGGACAAGUAGUCCUCUCUUAUCUUGGCA